UACAGGUAUAUUAUUAGUUUGGUUGGGAGCAUCUUGAAACUCCAUGGAAAUGGGAUUCUGCUACUCAAUCUUAAGCCUGGCAAUUUCCUUCUCGACAAGAACAAUGAGGCAGUGAUAGGAGAUUUUGGGAUUCCGCUUGUAAUGCAUGGGCUUUCAUUGCCAUCUUCAGACCUUAUUCAGAGACUUGACACUCCAAACUACAUGGCGAAAGUGAUGCUGAUGAUCAGAAAGCUGAAAAAACUGAAGGACCAACUUCAGGCCGGUGAUACUGUUUGCCCUCGGAAGGCCAGAAACUUGUGCAAUUCAGAGAGCAUGGAGAAUCCAAUCUCAGAGGGAAUCAUUGUCGGGAAGGGUAGUGAUGACUACCUUCUCAUUCGAGUUCACGGAAUGGCAAUUCACAAUCCUUUAAGAGUGCACUAUUCUACAAUGGAGAGGGUGACCUAUGGCUUUGUUGUUGGCGAUUGGGUACGUGCAAGUGAUGAGGACAAGAAGUGCUCUUUGGUUGGCAUCCUUCAUAGCAUAGAGCGUGAUGGAAAGGUCACAGUCGGUUUCAUCGGAAUGGACACACUUUGGCACGGUCAUUAUUCGGAACUUCAAAUUGCAGAAUCACACUAUACUGGCCAAUUUCUGAAAGUGAAAUCAAGCAUCUCCACCCCAAGGUUCGAGUGGCCUCACAAGCCUGGAGGAGAGUGGGCAACCGGUAAGGUUUCCAAGAUCCACCCAAACGGUUACCUCGUGGUUAAAUUCCCCGGCAGGUUUAGCUUCGGAGAAGCUAGUAACUACCUCGCCGACCCUUCAGAAGUGGAAGUAGUAAACUUCAAGAAAUGCGAGGGGUUGCUUAAGAAGUACCAGCAUCUUGAAGACUUCCAUUGGGCUGUGAGGCCGUUGGUUAUUGCAUUUGGGUUGUUCACGGCACUGAAGCUGGGGUCGGUCGCCGUGAAAAGCACAAGCAAGUCGGGGAGGAAGAAGACCAGCAAGUUUGAUCCACUCCACUUGCCCGAACCGAUGCUCCUUUGUCUGAACUGAUGGUCUAACUGGUCUGCCCAGCUGCCCACCCCGUUCGACCAAAUGACCUGACCUAGAGAAGGGGUAUUUAUUUUACCCUAUGUAGACACACACACAAAUAAUCUCUUUGUAAAAUAAUGUUCCUGUAAAAAUCUUUCUUUCGAAAAUAUUCAACACAAAAUAAUUUAUACGAA